AUGCAUUCCUAUAUAUUUGUAUUGUUUGAGCUGCUGCAGUGCAAAUGUGCAAUGGCCGAUUCCGAAUCCCGAACGAGCCCGUCGGCGACACUGAGCCACGAGUACAGCCUCGCCGUCCAAACCCCUUCGUACAAUGAGAUUUGGUCUAAGAUUCACCAGCGAGAUGGGGAUGGAAAUGAGGAGCUGGUGCUUGAGCACGUCCUCCACCCCAGCCGAGAGUGUGUCCAAGAGGCCCUCCGCCACGCCGAGGAGUCCAACAACAACGCCCUCACUCGCCUCGUCUCCGACUACUUCCGCCACACCGAGGACGCCACCCGCCUCUGCCUUCUCCUCCACCGCAGCGUCUAUCGAGCGCGUGCCCUCUACGCCCCUCUCCACCAACUCCUCCAAGUGUUGGAGGACCUGAGCGUCAACCAAUCCCAGUGCUCUCACGCCUUUCAAAUCUUCCUCCGAUUCGACCGCCACGACAACCCCUUCCUUCCCCCCGACUCCCACAGUUUGGACGACACCUGCCGCCUCUUCACCGACCUCAAGCGCCAGCUCGAUCGCCGCAUUCGCCGUGGGAGUGGUGGCUGCUGCGGCGGCAAGGAUAUGAAGCAGUUGGAUGCUUCGGCCAAGGGGACAUGCGUGCUGAACGUAUAUCUGGCCAACAUUGACAGGCUGGGACGGCGGCUGCACACGGCGGUGGAGGGAGACAAGGAUUGCAUUCGGGUGGGAUUGGAGAGAGGAGCUCAAGACAGGCAUCCGAUUCAGGAGGUGUUUAAACAGCUGCGCAAGGGCCACCCCAAUUUCCUUCAACUUGUCAACAAACUUGAUCAACAGAUAUGUCUCUGCUUUAUUAACACUGUUAACCGUGACAGGUCGCUGCUUCUCCAACACCUCUAUACCCUCUACAAUCUCCAAACACCCCACAUAAUUCUCUGCAUUUUCUUUUUGUUUAAUACAUGUACGUGUGAUAGUGUUCAUUGUUUCCAGUUCAUCUGA